AUGCCCUCCCUAUCUACCUUCCUCCACCACCUCCUCUACACAACAGGCCUCCUCUCCCCUCCCCUCCCCCCAGCCCCCCAAACCCCCCAACAACCCACCUACGCAAUCGCCCACCGCGUCCUGCGCCCAUCCGCCGUAACAGCCGCACUCUCCCACGGCGCCAACGCCCUCGAAGUCGACCUCACAGCCUGGGACUCAGGGUGGUGGGCCGACCACACCGGAACAGCCGACAGCGCCGGCGCAACGGCGCACGAACUCUUCAGCUUCAUCGCGAACGAGCGCGCGCACGGCCAGAACAUCAUCUUCGUGUGGCUGGAUAUCAAGAACCCGGACUAUUGCGAGGAUGAGGAGAGCGAGUGCUCGAUUGAAGCAUUACGGGAUCUUGUACGGAGUACACUCGAGCCGGUGGGCGUUAGGGCGCUGUAUGGGUUCUACCAGACAGAAGACAGUCGGGGCUUUGAAGUGAUGAGCGAGACGGUGAAUGCGAACGAGGCGCUGUGUUUAAGCGGGGACGCCGGGGAAGUUAUGAUGCUUUACGAAGAGUUCACGGAUCUCGACCCGUUGCAGCGGAUUAUGGACUACGGGUGGCCGCAGCUGGAGUACGAGUUUGGGAGCUGCCAUGAGCUGGAGUAUUACACCUGCUCUGGGUUGAGGCAUGGGCGGGAUGGGAGGAAUCAGGGCCAGCUAGGGCUUGUGAUGGGGUGGACGAGUACGGCGGGGGAUACGGAGAGGGUGGACAUGAUGCUGGGGUGGGCGGGGGUGGAUGGGAUUAUCUAUGGGUUCCAGGAGGAGGAUUAUGCGGACGGCGAUGUGCCUAGGGAGGCGUUGGGGGAUAUUGUGAGCUUUGUCGAGGCGCAUGGCGAGGAUAGACGCAUGGCGACGGUGGAUGAUAUUCCUUGGUAG